CGGGGGGGCGGGAGCUGCCGCGCCGCCGCCGCCUCCACCACCGCCUCGCCAUGGACUCGGACGAGGGCUACAACUACGAGUUCGACGAGGACGAGGAGUGCAGCGAGGACAGCGGCGCCGAGGAGGACGAGGAGGACGAGGAGGAGGACGAGCCCGACGACGACAACCUGGACCUGGGCGAGGUGGACCUGGUGGAGCCCGGGCUGCGCGUGGGCGGCGAGCGCGACGGGCUGCUGGGCGGCGAGACGGGCGGGCUGGGCCCCGGCGGCGGCGGCGGCGGCGGGCUGGGCGGCGGGCCGGGCCCCGGCGGCGGCGGCGGCGGCCCCGAGCAGGAGGAGGACUACCGCUACGAGGUGCUCACGGCCGAGCAGAUCCUGCAGCACAUGGUGGAGUGCAUCCGCGAGGUCAACGAGGUCAUCCAGAAUCCAGCAACUAUCACUCGGAUACUGCUUAGCCAUUUCAACUGGGAUAAAGAAAAGCUGAUGGAGAGGUACUUCGAUGGCAACUUGGAGAAGCUCUUUGCAGAGUGUCAUGUAAUUAAUCCAAGUAAAAAGUCUCGAACGCGCCAGAUGAACACAAGGUCAUCAGCCCAGGAUAUGCCUUGUCAGAUCUGCUACCUAAACUACCCAAACUCGUACUUUACUGGCCUAGAGUGUGGACACAAGUUCUGUAUGCAGUGCUGGAGUGAAUAUUUAACUACCAAAAUAAUGGAGGAAGGCAUGGGACAGACUAUUUCGUGUCCUGCUCAUGGCUGUGAUAUCUUAGUUGAUGAUAAUACAGUUAUGCGUCUGAUCACAGAUUCAAAGGUUAAAUUAAAGUACCAGCAUUUAAUAACCAAUAGUUUUGUAGAGUGUAAUCGACUGUUAAAGUGGUGUCCUGCCCCAGACUGCCACCAUGUUGUUAAAGUCCAAUAUCCUGAUGCUAAGCCCGUUCGCUGCAAAUGUGGACGUCAGUUUUGCUUUAAUUGCGGUGAAAAUUGGCAUGAUCCUGUUAAAUGCAAGUGGUUAAAGAAAUGGAUUAAGAAGUGUGAUGAUGACAGUGAAACUUCUAAUUGGAUUGCAGCAAACACAAAGGAAUGCCCAAAAUGCCACGUGACCAUCGAGAAGGAUGGGGGCUGCAAUCACAUGGUCUGUCGGAACCAGAACUGCAAAGCUGAGUUCUGCUGGGUGUGCCUGGGCCCCUGGGAGCCCCAUGGAUCUGCCUGGUACAACUGUAAUCGCUACAACGAGGAUGAUGCAAAGGCAGCAAGGGAUGCACAGGAGCGAUCCAGAGCAGCCCUGCAGAGGUACCUGUUCUACUGCAACCGCUAUAUGAACCACAUGCAGAGCCUGCGCUUCGAGCACAAGCUCUAUGCUCAGGUGAAGCAGAAGAUGGAGGAGAUGCAGCAGCACAACAUGUCGUGGAUCGAGGUGCAGUUCCUGAAGAAAGCAGUCGACGUCCUCUGCCAGUGUCGUGCCACACUCAUGUACACUUACGUCUUUGCCUUCUACCUCAAAAAGAAUAAUCAGUCCAUUAUCUUUGAGAAUAACCAAGCAGACUUAGAGAAUGCUACAGAGGUGCUUUCUGGGUACCUUGAGCGAGAUAUAUCCCAAGAUUCGCUGCAAGACAUAAAGCAGAAAGUACAGGAUAAGUACAGAUACUGCGAGAGUCGACGAAGGGUUUUGUUGCAGCAUGUGCAUGAAGGCUACGAGAAGGACCUGUGGGAGUACAUUGAGGACUGAGACUGGCCCCGCAUAAAAUGAACUCUGAAAACUUUACCAUCUAGAGUGCUCAUGCGAUUAAAACAAAAUACACACACAAGGCACUACGCCUGUUACACCGCUGGUCUGUAGUACCGGGAUUCUGUUUUGUUAACAGAAACUUUAAGUAAAUUAUAUUGUAAUAAAAAAGGUAGAUAAACCAUUGUACAACAGUAUUCUAGAUGGCCAAUAAGAGUGUGACAGACGCACUAAAAAAAAAAAACCCUCCAACUUUAACUUGUAACGUAGCUUCAUUCUCCAAGCCAACUCCUUUUUCUUUUCUAUCUUUCUUUUCCUGUGUGUAGUACAGAUGAAAUUUAAACCAGUUUCUUGACACUGCUUUUCAUGUCCAAACCAGCCAUUUUGAUGUACUUUGGUAAGGGGGGAUGUCUCUCCCUCCCCCCUCCUCCUCUCUGCCACCCAAGUACAGGAAUGAAUGUCGAUUGGCUCAAUGUAAAGAUGAUUCUUGGGGAGGGGAGGAGGGGGGUACACAGCAAGGAAAAAAAAACUUUGUAUAUGACUUUUAAAACAAAAAGAGGACAACACAGUAUUUUUCAAAGUUGUAUAUAGCGCAUAUGCAUGGACAAAGAGCAAGCGUGGCACGUGUUUGCAUAAUGUUUAAUUACAAAAAAUAUUUAUUCUUUAAAAAUCUUCAAGAUUAUGUCUAUUUGCUGUGCAUUUUCUUUGUUUGAUUACUUUUUUGUUUUGUUUUUUUUUUUUUCCCUGGGAUGGGGUGGGGGAAGCGUGUGCUGGUGUAGUGACUUUUUUUGAGGGCUCUUACCAGAGAAGUUGGGUUCCUCCUCUUCCUGCAGUUCCUUUAUGUCCAUGGCCUCUGUGGUUUUGUGCAUAUCCAUUGCUGGCAGCGGACCCCUCCCCUCUCUUUCAGCUCCUGAUGCUCAUUAAGGCAGUGUGCAUUGCAUUAGUGGUGAAUGUACAUUGGGAUUCAGGAGGCUUUGCCUUUUUGCCCAGAUUGAUACUGCUUUACCUGUCCCAGUCGAACUCAGCUGUUCCCACCCAUGCACGCAGGACACACGCUCUGAAACUAUAGGAAGUGUGUGUUUAGGCUUUUUUUUUUUCCUUUUUUUUUUUUUUUUUUAAUUCUGAGGCAGGAAAAGGAUGGGUAUUUUGCACUGCUUCUCAAAAGACUAUUGAAAGAUUUCAGCUGUGGAUCUCCUCUCGCUCCCCCUUUCAUCUGUUGAAUGGAACCUACCUUGCUGUUAAGUUUCACUUGCAUUAUAACAAGUCGUAACGUUGAAAAGGAAAGAUGAUGGAAUUGUCUUUGUGUUUGUUAUGGGCUCAAUUAUUGGGCAUACUGUCCUGGCAAAUAUUUAACACUCCAUCUAGUGCAGUAGAGAUUGAAAUCAGUGGGGGAUUUUUUUUUCAGUUAAAAGGGGAAAGAACUAAUGAGUUAGCCGAGUCCAUUUUUAUGAUUUCUGUAACAAGAGCUAUGUUAAAGUAAACAAUUGGUGGUGGUUUUAUUAAAUUUACUCCUGUAUAGGAAUUCCUUCUGUGGUAUUUUUCGCCAGGCUAGUGUCCUAAAAGCUUUCUGCCAAUGUUAAAGGGGGAUGAACUGAAAAGGGGUGAAUUAGAAAAAGCCGAUCACAAGCAGGUCUGUAACGUGACGUGCUCCUUUCCGCUGGCACCUGAGUCACUCCAGCUCACUUGCAUUUGCAGAGGAGCAGGCGGAUGAAUACAGACACCUCUGGAAAUGUAGUUUUGUGCCUCGGUAUCUGCUUUUGCACUUGGCUUCCCCCGCAGUGGCUCAUUUGCCCCUGGGAAAUGCAUUGGAGAGUGUCCGCACGUGUACGGGUUGCUGUGCGCUUCCCUCUCGCAGGAGGGCGAGGGGUGGGAUGGAUCGGGGCCGUGCGUGCGCCUGCUCUGCUCUGCUCUGCUCUGCUCUGCUAGGAUGCCGCUGUCCCACAGUAGUUGUGUUGGGAAGGGGUCAGGCCUGCAGCGGGUGGCUUCUCUGAGCUGCCCCAGGCUGCUCACAAAACUCCCCCAUCCAAAGCCUCUUUCAGAUGCCAAAACGCUUUCUGGAGCAGUGUGAAAUGCGAAUUCAAAUCUGAUCUGAUCCGAACGCGGUGGCUAGCCAGGUCAGGGGGGUGGAAGAUGGAUUCCACUUGUUGGGAGUUCUUUUGAUUGUGUCCCCGAAUGUGAAGGACAGGCUCUAACCGGCUGCUAAUCAUGAAAGGAAUCGUGCUCAGUGUUGUCUUGAAUCUUGAUGGCUGUUGACAGACCUUACUUAAGAUAAUUAUGAUUAAACCCACCUUCUGCUAGUUAGCUCUGAGGAAGCAAUCUGUCACUGUUCCUGUAGUCCAGCUUUUAGCUACUCCCACGGGAAUUCUGUGCGUGUGGAAUGAUUUUGUCGUCAGCAACGCCAGCUGGAAGGGGCGCAGUUCUUCCUGCAGGGUCCGCUGAACUGAGCGGGGCAGGCUGUGGACGGGCCCCGCUCUUCCGCGGGGAUGCGCUUGCGAGCUGGAGGCGCUGGUGGCUUUCGUUGCUUGAUGGUAGCGUUCAAAAGAUUAAAUGGGUCUCUGUGUCUUACAAUGGACUGAGCUAGUGUAAAAUAUAGUGUUAAGAAAAAAAAAGGCUCCCUCUGACCGCUGGGGCCUCUUGAUGCUCCGGUGUUAUGUUCUGUAGGUAGUGACUUAACUUUCAAUGCAUAUAGCCCUAAAAUGUUCUAGUGCGACCAUACCCUGGGAAGUUCUUGGUGUUUCGAGAGAGAAGCAGAGCCCUGACGCUGCCGUCACGGAGCUCCUUGCUGCUGCCCGGCGCCGGGGUGGGGGCACGAUCCGAGGGGGAGCGACCCGAAGCCUCCUCCGCCCUUAAGUCGUCUUGUAGAGACCCCCUUGUGCUGUGCAAGUAACUGUUCUUUAGACGAUUUCAUUGUAACCUGCUGGACUGUUCCGUGUUAAAGGUGAACAGGGAGAGAAAGCAUUCCUAAUAAACUUUUAUUUUAUUA